AUGCCCUUUUAUGGACUCUAUAUACCCGGAAAGGAAGCUGAUAUUCCACAUGUGUAUUGUAACAAGAGCGAAGCGCUGGAUGUGCUGAAACUGCACAAGGAGGCACGUUUACGUGAAUUCAAUAAUGAAAACGAUGCAAAGAAAUUUGCCAACACCGGGCAUGAAGUGGUGGCGCCACCGCGUCACGCCGAUGGUAAAUCAUCCAUUGCAAUGGAAAAGGCGGCAUUUCGUGGGCCAACCAAACAGGAACUUAUAGAAUUUCGCAAAGUAAUCGAGUCCGGCGAUUAUGAACGUGUCAAAACGAUGAUUUGGGAUAAUCCACGUUAUUUGGUGAGCGCUGGCGAUACACCCACCACACUAAAGGAGGGAUACCGUUAUAAUGCUAUGCACAUUUGUGCAAUCUCCAGCAAACCGCGCAUUGCUGAGUUGAUUUUGAAAACCGUAAGCGAUACAAAAUUUGUGGACUUGCUUACGGGAAAGAAAAACGACGAAAAAAUGUGCAAGGAAUUGUGUGUGAAUUUAUUGGAUUACUAUUUGAAUAUACCAGAAAAGGGGCGUAGUGAGACGCCGCUACAUUUCGCGGCGAAGACCGGUGCAUUUGAAAUGGUGGAGCUGUUGACUACUUUCCCGGAAUGCAAAAUGACACCCAAUUCGGAGGGCUUAUACCCCAAAGAUAUCAUAUGUUCACGGGUGCCAAAUGCCACGCCAGAAUUAAAAAAGAAGAUUGAAGCAUUGCUCGAGGAACGCUUUUACGUGCCCGUUUUACGCUCUGUGGACAAUGCGGUACCGCCGAAAAUUGGACAGCCGUUUUCUGCCAGCAAUCCACCGAACCUCAACUGUGAUCCACUGAGCCCUGAGGUUAAAAUAGAAGCUUUAGCCGGUCCAAUGAAUAAGGAUCAGGCCAACCAAUUCUGCCGUCGUUGGAAAACACCACCACGCCUCGGUAGUAACGCUGGUUUGUCGCCAGUUACUUAUAAUCUGUAUAUUUCGCCCGUUAAAACGCGCUGCGUUAACGGUACGCCUUCUAAGACAUCACUGGCUAACAUCAGUAACGGCAGUCCUACGCUCAGCACACCGCUCGCAAAAGCCAACCGUCGCGCCUUAUUCAAUUCCACGCCACGUCGUGCGAGUUGUGAAGUAGUUAGCGAAAAUGGUGUCACCAAUGACACAUCUUCGAUAGCUGACAAACAGAAUGGCAAUCAUAAGAAUCAUGUGGAAAGUGUCGAAACAAAAAAUACUACCUCGAAUUCCACAACAACAACAACAGCAAUCGAACAAGAAAAGAACAAUAAUAGCCGUGAACAAUUAACCUCGCAGAGCAAGGACAUCAAUAUUUUAAAGAAUUUAACAUCGCAAAAUACACCAGUGUUACAAAUGAAACGUGAGCUAUUCUUCACCUAUCGCGAUCCUAAUCCUAGUACACCAGUUGAGCGCAAAACACCCGAAAUUAGCCCCGCUAUGCUCGAUGAGCUGGAUAUUAGCGCCAUUGGCGAAAAUAACGAAAACCAGCCGUUGGACCAGCCACAGCAGCAGCAAGCAAUCAAAUUAAAAGGCAGCAUGUUGAAGACGGCGCUGUGCCGCAAGAUGCCGCUUAUAAAGGAUAAUUUCAACACUUAUCGUGAUAAUAGUACGGCUUCCACACCAGACUCGGACUGUUGUAAUGAUUCGAUACGCAGCUUGUUGUUGAACGAGCCCGAACAUUAUGACAGUCCGGGUUUCAAAGAGCGACACAUCAAAAUCACAGAUACCGAAAAGGGCUUGGAAUUAAUUGGACGCGAAUUGGCAAAGGAACAGAAUGUCGAAUGGCGGGAGUAUUGGGACUUCUUGAACUCGUUCAUCAACAUCGCUUCUGAGGAUGGCUUGACCAAACUCGAAAACUACUUCGGCCAACGCCUCAAAGAUGAGGAGAUGACAAAGAAAACAGCGCAAGCAAUGGCGAAAUCGGCGGUAAUUUUAGACAGCGUUUGCAAUGCCAUCGAUAAGUUGCAUUUUCCGGAAAAUGGCAGUUUACAUGAUUUUCGUAAUGGUUUCAAUAAUGAUCGAACGCGCUACGCCAACAUGACUGGCAGCGGUGAGGUCGCCACAACGGCGCCACAGUCCACAACGCCCUACACAUGUGUUGAGAAAUCGGUGCAAGUGUUCGCCAAACGCAUGACAAAAACCAUUAUACACAACAUGGAUAACAUGGUGUCCAUCAAUGACACACUUCUGUCUGAAUUGAAAAGACUGAAAUCGUUAAUAUGUAGUUUUAAGGAGGAUACACGAUUCCUAAAUGUCAAUUUCUCCAAAGUACAUUCAAGAAUUGGCAAUUUAAUUUCCAUCUAUUUGGCCAACUCACAAGAGGUCACGCCAGCAAUGAAAGUUAAACUUCAGGGUAUUAUCAAACACAUGCUUGCGCCCGGCGAGCGGCGCGAACACAUCGAAUGUGUUUGUUGGCGAAUACUUAACAUGUUGGAGUCUCCAACUGCUCAAAUACUGCCCGAACAGCUGAAAACCGAAGAGAUGUGUUCGCACGAGUGGGAGAAGGAGCGUGAAUGCGAGUGCCAAUGGGAGACGAAUCUCAGUCGCAAAACAAGUCGACGAAAUCGUAUGGAGGCGCGUUACCGCAGUCAUCAACAAGCUAGACAACAUCAUCAACAACAACAGCAACAACAAGAUACACAGAAAUCGCAACAAACUAAUGCAGAUAAUGGCAUUGAAUGGCGUGAUCCUUUGCCAUGCACCGACGCAGAGACCGUCUCACUUAAUGCCAAGAAUGCCAAAGAACAGUGGCGCGAUCCCGUCGAUUACAAUGAAGGCGGCGAACGAUGGCGCGAUCUUAAUAUACGCGAUGAGUCGCCAGACAACGAUGUUUUUUGGUCCGAUUUUGGUGACACUGAUUCCGACAAUGAGGAGGAGGUGUGGGCCACGCCACCCGAAAGUCCAUCUCACUGGAGUCUAUUGGAUGAGCCUGUGGUGGAGACAUUCAAAAUAUUUAUUUAUGGAAAUGAACCGACGAAACGUGAUGUUGACGUACUGAAUGCCAUCAUGCAUAUCGAUAUCGAUACCACAAAAUAUGCCAAUAUUCACUCGUGGAAAACGGCUAUGCUACGCUUUCCGAAAGAGGAAAUGGAUGCUUUUCCAUCGCUAUCCAUUGUAAAGAAGUCGCACUCGUUUACGUCAACGCGUACACCGACCCGCAAGGAAUUUCCACUAACGCCGUUCGCACAACGUCAGUCCCUAUCGAAAAGUGUAACCAGCACACCGCUCACAGCCAAGUUAACGGGAAGAUCAGCAUUUCCAACACAAUCACAACAGCAUACAACAGCAACAACAACAAGCAUCAAUCAACAGCGUCCACUGCCAACAACAGCGAAGCGGUUCUUUGCGCGUCAAACGCUCGCCAACCUCCUGGCACCAUUCCACGCCAACAACACGCACUAACAACUGUUGUUAAAGACGACCUCUGAAGUUUGUUUUCCAAUGACACAUUCAAAACUCAUAUUAAUUUCGUUUUACACUCGCACAGUGCGUUCGUUUCGGCUAACCACUCUAAUAUUUGUAUAUUUAUAUCGAAAUUUCGGCUUUUUUCAAAUUGAUUUCAUGGCGAAUUUACUAGCUGCGGCAUCUUCAUGCGCAUUUUGUAAGCAUAGAAAUGCAUUUCGCGUUGGCUUAUUUUAUUAUUAUUAAUUUUUUUGUAUACGUUUUUUUAUCAUUAUUAUUUUUUUAAUGUUCUU